AUGAGCCAUCCAGAACCAUCAACCUCCCAAGCACACCAUGUACCCCCACCUUUCAAAUCACAAAUGCCAAAAACCAAGUAUUCCAAGUCAUCGAAUGCUCAACUUGUCACCGCUCGAGACCAACUAAUCGACAUUAUGGCUAUUCAAGUAAACCAUCAAGCAAAUGUUACCCGGCAUAUGCAAGCUUUUCAGGAAGAAAUCUCCCGUCUUUGGGGCCACAUGAUUGAAAUGCAUGAUAAACCACGUCGGCUACAAGACAUUAUUAUGGAUUUUGUAAUGAUGGUGUCAAGUUUUAUCCAACUACUCUUGGAGCAUAUCAAGGAUCGAUUGGGAUUGAAGCACAUGGUGGGAGCACACAAGGACGAUGUUCAGCGUGUCGCACUGCUGAUUUUGCAGGAUGCGGAAGAGUUGCUUGAUAUGAUUAAGGAUUUCCGAAUGGCUGAAGACAACGAUUUGGGUUACAAGCUCGAUAUGUACCUCGACAACAAAGCAUCCAGUGACAUGAAGCAAUUUGCUAUACCACCAAUGUCAGAAAAGAAAAAAGGAAAACAGCCGGCUAAACCACCCAGGGCAAAAUCGGCAAAGAAAACAGGGAGUAGUACUUCAUCCACGUCCAUGUUGGAAAAAGAAAAAUGGAAGCAGCCGACUAUGCCACCUCUUCCUUCGAACGUCUUUUUGGAGUGCAAGUCAUCCAAGAUGCCUACGAACCAGCAGGAGCUCAAGGAAUACCUAAGGCAGAAACUUGAACCUUUACCUGCAGAGGAACGAGUCAUGGCCAUUCUCGAACUACCAUUGAAAGCGAUUGAUAUUUUACUUUCCAAAGAUGACAAUGCCUCGGCUGACGGCGGCAGCAAACCUGAAAAUAAGAACACUCAAACCGAGCAGGAUACAUCUACUACCACUAGCCAAGAACAACCAGGCAACGAGUCCCAUGAGCUUGGAUCCCAGCCUUCGUCACAAGUCAUGUCGCAAAGUGCAAGUGCAAGUCAAGCUGCUGGCAAUGAUCAUGAACAAGACCCGAUCCCAGAAGAUUUCAAGGGCGAGUGA